AUGGCGUUGGUGCUGAUUCAGCAGAAGGAGACGAAGGGAGCGUGCUGUCUGUUUAUCCCCAAGAUAGGUCUGAUCCUCUUUAUCGUCUUUUACACGUUCGGGAAUAUCUGCUCCUUGACCAGCUCUUUGUUUCUGAUGGGACCAAUGAAGCAGCUGAAGAUGAUGUUUGAUAAAACCAGAGUGUUUGCGACGGUGGUCAUGCUCGUGUGCCUGGUGCUGACACUGUGUGCAGCAUUUUGGUGGAAGAUCUUUGCUUUGACAUUGCUGUUUGUUAUUUUGCAAGUCAUCGCGUUCACUUGGUAUGGACUCUCUUACAUCCCUUUUGCGAGAGAUGCCAUAUUGAAGUUCUUUUCCAUGAUGUUCAAAAUGUGUAUAAGUUGUUGUAAGGAGAAUUGACACUUCCUGAGGAUUCAUCUGUACAAGUUUGAAGCAGGACCUGUUUUAGAGCAUAUUGACUGCUAAAAUACACAUCAUACCUUGUUCCAAAUAUAGCGAACACUCGAUCGACUGGUUUUACUUUUGCCUUUUUAAAGAUGAAAGAAUUCAAAACUAAGAAAAUAGGAUUGUGUCAGUGUCUCGGAUCGUUCUUUUAUUCCGUUUAGUUGAGAUCUAGUAGAGGAUUUUCAUCCUAUGAACUAAGCAUUGUUUUCUGUUUUUUUGUCUUUUGGGUCUGUUUUGAUUUUCCAUUGCCAUUCUUGACAUUGUGGGAUCUGAAACUAUCGCAAAUGCUGUGCAAUAUUGUAAAAUAAACAAACAAACAAAUAAAUUCUCAUAUUUAUUCCAUGUUCAAAUUUUAUUGUACCAUUUUCUCUAACAGAGUGGGCGCGACUUAUAACUGAGGAAAAAUAAUGUAAUGUAUAUGUAAAUAAAACAACUUUUCUAAACAUUUUCAACAUUGUUUUGAUGAUUUUUGAUCUUUUAUUUUGACAAAUAGCACGCGGGCUGUUGUUAAAGCACAAUCCCAGCACGCUGAUUGGUCCGUCGUUGCUACGCCUCGUUUCCAUGCGGAACUCAAGCGGUUUAAGGCGCGAAGUAAAGGAAGCGGAAUCACCUCAGAAAGUUUGUGGAGAAAAUGUCAAGGUUUCUUAAAGCGGUUCGUAAAUACAGAAUUAAUCCGGAAGAGUCUGAGCUUUCAGAGGACGACCUGCAGACAUGGGGACUAACAGGAGUUGUGUUGAGGCCGUACCAGCUGCUUGGGGUGCAGUGGAUGGAACAAUGUAUGAAGUCUCUUACAGGCUGCAUCCUGGGGGAUGAAAUGGGUUUAGGGAAAACCUGUCAGCAUCAAAGACCCGAAUAGAGGAGAAACACAGAGCUCGGGGUCAGAGGAUUCAUCUCAGCUUCCAGCACACCUGAGCCCAGCAAACACUGUCUACUUUAGUGGCACUAAUCUCUGGGGAUGACAUUACAUAAGAGUGACAUGUCGAGUAUUGCUGUUUCAUUUUAUUAGCAUUUAAUUACUAUGCUACUCUACUGUACAUACCGCUCUUUUUUAGUGCCAUUUAAUAUAAUUAACAUUUAUUUACACUAAUUUAGGCUUCUCCGUGUAUGCUUAUGUUGUAUAUUAAAAGAGCAGUUAAUAAACAAAUUAUAGCCUGCAUUACCCCAGACUAGAUAAAAAGUUAGAGCUAACAAAUACUAUUGUCGUUGCCCAGGUUCAAUGACUUUAUGCCAGCUUGGGAAUGCCUUGGUAAGGUAUGUCAGGCUGGAUAGGGAAUGCAAAUGUAAAUUACCUUAAAGAAGCUAGCAAAUAUAAUUAUUUCCAUUUCUGGCAUCUGGCUGACACCCUGAUCUCAUUUAUGUGGCUGAGCAAUUGAGGGUUAAGGGCCUCGCUCACUGACCUAGGGGUGGCAGCUUGGUGGCAGCUCGAGUUACGAUCUUACAAUCACUAGUCCAACACCUUAACCACCGGGCUACCACUUCCCCUUCAUUAUGUCAUGACAAAGGAGCAAACUGAUUGCACUAUGUAUAAUCCUUUUUUCUUGUUAAUUGUUUUAAUUUUAUUUUUAAAAAAUUUUUAAAUAAAUUUUUUAAUCAUU